AGGACUGGGAAGUGGCUAGCCCGCCAUUCCUCGGCCCGUCCUUAGGGGAGUCGCAGGACUAAGUGCAGCGGCAGUGGCCUCACCUUGGGCCUUCGCCACAUCUUUAUUGCCUCAAGGACAGAAUUGGAGAUCGGUGUCCCAGUCAACAGCGUGGUACUUAUGACAGCCGCGAGAAAGCGCACUACUAAAGCCCGGCUAGCAGAGCUGGGAGGCAAACCAGACCGUCAGCACCAGGGCGGCCCACGCCUGCUUCCACCCAUUGGCUGCCCGCGUUUCAAGACCCGCCCCCAUAUUGGAGAGCUUCUUCCGGGAGCCACUGGAAAGCCCGCAGCGCGAGCCGGCUACGCUCCCUGGCGGAGCUCUGGACGCCCCACCUACUCCCAGCGUUCAGUGCGGUGCCCUGGCCGCCAUUGUUUGAAUUUGAAAACGGUAACAUCGCAGUGCUGCUCGCGGGUCUGGCUAGUCAGGCGACGUUUGCAGAAUGGAAUCUAAUUUUAAUCAAGAGGGAGUACCUCGACCAUCUUAUGUUUUUAGUGCUGACCCAAUUGCAAGGCCUUCAGAAAUAAAUUUCGAUGGCAUUAAGCUUGAUCUGUCUCAUGAAUUUUCCUUAGUUGCUCCAAACACUGAGGCAAACAGUUUCGAAUCUAAAGAUUAUCUCCAGGUUUGUCUUCGAAUAAGGCCAUUUACACAGUCAGAAAAAGAACUUGAGUCUGAGGGCUGUGUGCAUAUUCUGGAUUCACAGACUGUUGUGCUGAAAGAGCCUCAGUGCAUCCUUGGUCGGUUAAGUGAAAAAAGCUCAGGGCAGAUGGCACAGAAAUUCAGUUUUUCCAAGGUUUUUGGCCCAGCAACUACACAGAAGGAAUUCUUUCAGGGUUGCAUUAUGCAACCAGUAAAAGACCUCUUGAAAGGACAGAGUCGUCUGAUUUUUACUUACGGGCUAACCAAUUCAGGAAAAACAUAUACAUUUCAAGGCACAGAAGAAAAUAUUGGCAUUCUGCCUCGAACUUUGAAUGUAUUAUUUGAUAGUCUUCAAGAAAGACUGUAUACAAAGAUGAACCUUAAACCACAUAGAUCCAGAGAAUACUUACGGUUAUCAUCAGAACAAGAGAAAGAAGAAAUUGCUAGCAAAAGUGCAUUGCUUCGGCAAAUUAAAGAGGUUACUGUGCAUAAUGAUAGUGAUGAUACUCUUUAUGGAAGUUUAACUAACUCUUUGAAUAUCUCAGAGUUUGAAGAAUCCAUAAAAGAUUAUGAACAAGCCAACUUGAAUAUGGCUAAUAGUAUAAAAUUUUCUGUGUGGGUUUCUUUCUUUGAAAUUUACAAUGAAUAUAUUUAUGACUUAUUUGUUCCUGUAUCAUCUAAAUUCCAAAAGAGAAAGAUGCUGCGCCUUUCCCAAGACGUAAAGGGCUAUUCUUUUAUAAAAGAUCUACAAUGGAUUCAAGUAUCUGAUUCCAAAGAAGCCUAUAGACUUUUAAAACUAGGAAUAAAGCACCAGAGUAUUGCCUUCACAAAAUUGAAUAAUGCUUCCAGUAGAAGUCACAGCAUAUUCACUAUUAAGAUAUUACAGAUUGAAGAUUCUGAAAUGUCUCGUGUAAUUCGAGUCAGUGAAUUAUCUUUAUGUGAUCUUGCUGGUUCAGAACGAACUAUGAAAACACAGAAUGAAGGUGAAAGGUUAAGAGAGACUGGGAAUAUCAACACUUCUUUAUUGACUCUGGGAAAGUGUAUUAACGUCUUGAAGAAUAGUGAAAAGUCAAAGUUUCAACAGCAUGUGCCUUUCCGGGAAAGUAAACUGACUCACUAUUUUCAAAGUUUUUUUAAUGGAAAAGGGAAAAUAUGUAUGAUUGUCAAUAUCAGCCAAUGUUAUUUAGCCUAUGAUGAAACACUCAAUGUAUUGAAGUUCUCCGCCAUUGCACAAAAAGUUUGUGUCCCAGACACUUUAAAUUCCUCUCAAGAGAAAUUAUUUGGACCUGUCAAAUCUUCUCAAGAUGUAUCACUAGACAGUAAUUCAAACAGUAAAAUAUUAAAUGUAAAAAGAGCCACCAUUUCAUGGGAAAAUAGUCUAGAAGAUUUGAUGGAAGACGAGGAUUUGGUUGAGGAGCUAGAAAAUGCUGAAGAAACUCAAAAUGUGGAAACUAAACUUCUUGAUGAAGAUCUAGAUAAAACAUUAGAGGAAAAUAAGGCUUUCAUUAGCCACGAAGAGAAAAGAAAACUGUUGGACUUAAUAGAAGACUUGAAAAAAAAACUGAUAAAUGAAAAAAAGGAAAAAUUAACCUUGGAAUUUAAAAUUCGAGAAGAAGUUACACAGGAGUUUACUCAGUAUUGGGCUCAACGGGAAGCUGACUUUAAGGAAACUCUACUUCAAGAACGAGAGAUAUUAGAAGAAAAUGCUGAACGUCGUUUGGCUAUCUUCAAGGAUUUGGUUGGUAAAUGUGACACUCGAGAAGAACCAGCGAAAGACAUUUGUGCCACAAAAGUUGAAACUGAAGAAGCUAUUGCUUGUUUAGAACUAAAGUUUAAUCAAAUUAAAGCUGAAUUAGCUAAAACCAAAGGAGAAUUAAUUAAAACCAAAGAAGAGUUAAAAAAGAGAGAAAAUGAAUCAGAUUCAUUGAUUCAAGAGCUUGAGACAUCUAAUAAGAAAAUAAUUACACAGAAUCAAAGAAUUAAAGAAUUGAUAAAUAUAAUUGAUCAAAAAGAAGAUACUAUCAACAAAUUUCAGAACCUAAAGUCUCAUAUGGAAAACACAUUUAAAUGCAAUGACAAGGCUGAUACAUCUUCUUCAAUAAUAAACAAUAAACUGAUUUGUAAUGAAACAGUUGAAGUACCUAAGGACAGCAAAACUAAAAUCUGUUCAGAAAGAAAAAGAGUAAAUGAAAAUGAACUUCAGCAAGAUGAACCACCAGCAAAGAAAGGGUCUUUCCAUGUUAGUUCAGCUAUCACUGAAGACCAAAAGAAAAGUGAAGAAGUGCGACCAAACAUUGCAGAAAUUGAAGACAUCAGAGUUUUACAAGAAAAUAAUGAAGGACUGAGAGCAUUUUUACUCACUAUUGAGAAUGAACUUAAAAAUGAAAAGGAAGAAAAAGCAGAAUUAAAUAAACAGAUUGUUCGUUUUCAGCAGGAACUUUCUCUUUCUGAAAAAAAGAAUUUAACUUUAAGUAAAGAGGUCCAACAAAUUCAGUCAAAUUAUGAUAUUGCAAUUGCUGAAUUACAUGUGCAGAAAAGUAAAAAUCAAGAACAGGAGGAAAAGAUCAUGAAAUUGUCAAAUGAGAUAGAAACUGCUACAAGAAGCAUUACAAAUAAUGUUUCACAAAUAAAAUUAAUGCACACGAAGAUAGACGAACUACGUACUCUUGAUUCAGUUUCACAGAUUUCAAACAUAGAUUUGCUCAAUCUCAGGGAUCUGUCAAAUGGUUCUGAGGAGGAUAAUUUGCCAAAUACACAGUUACACCUUUUAGGUAAUGAUUAUUUGGUAAGUAAGCAAGUUAAAGAAUAUCGAAUUCAAGAACCCAAUAGGGAAAAUUCUUUCCACUCUAGUAUUGAAGCUAUUUGGGAAGAAUGUAAAGAGAUUGUGAAGGCCUCUUCCAAAAAAAGUCAUCAGAUUGAGGAACUGGAACAACAAAUUGAAAAAUUGCAGGCAGAAGUAAAAGGCUAUAAGGAUGAAAACAAUAGACUAAAAGUAAAGGAGAAGGAGCAUAAAAACCAAGAUGACCUACUAAAAGAAAAAGAAACUCUUAUACAGCAGCUGAAAGAAGAAUUGCAAGAAAAAAAUGCUACUCUUGAUGUUCAAAUACAGCAUGUAGUUGAAGGAAAGAGAGCAUUUUCAGAACUUACACGAGGUGUUACUUGCUAUAAGGCAAAAAUAAAGGAACUUGAAACAAUUUUGGAGACUCAGAAAGUUGAACGUAGUCAUUCAGCCAAGUUAGAACAAGACAUUUUAGAAAAGGAAUCUAUCAUCUUAAAGCUAGAAAGAAAUUUGAAGGAAUUUCAAGCACAUCUUCAGGAUUCUGUCAAAAACACCAAAGAUUUAAGUGUAAAGGAACUCAAGCUGAAAGAAGAAAUCACACAAUUAACAAAUAAUUUGCAAGAUAUGAAGCAUGUACUUCAAUUAAAAGAAGAAGAAAAAGAAACCAACCGGCAAGAAACAGAAAAAUUGAAAGAGGAACUCUCUGCAAGCUCUGCUCGUACCCAGAAUCUGAAAGCAGAUCUUCAGAGGAAGGAAGAAGAUUAUGCUGACCUGAAAGAGAAACUGACUGAUGCCAAAAAGCAGAUUGAGCAAGUACAGAAAGAGGUAUCUGUAAUGCGUGAUGAGGAUAAAUUACUGAGGAUUAAAAUUAAUGAACUGGAGAAAAAGAAAAACCAGUGUUCUCAGGAAUUAGAUAUGAAACAGCGAACCAUUCAGCAACUCAAGGAGCAGUUAAAUAAUCAGAAAGUGGAAGAAGCUAUACAACAGUAUGAGAGAGCAUGCAAAGAUCUAAAUGUUAAAGAUAAAAUAAUUGAAGACAUGCGAAUGACACUAGAAGAACAGGAACAAACUCAGGUAGAACAGGAUCAAGUGCUUGAGGCUAAAUUAGAGGAAGUUGAAAGGCUGGUCACAGAAUUGGAAAAAUGGAAGGAAAAAUGCAAUGAUUUGGAAACCAAAAACAAUCAAAGGUCAAAUAAAGAACAUGAGGACAACACAGAUGUGCUUGGAAAGCUCAGUAAUCUUCAAGAUGAGUUACAGGAGUCUGAACAGAAAUAUAAUGCUGAUAGAAAGAAAUGGUUAGAAGAAAAAAUGAUGCUUAUCACUCAAGCGAAAGAAGCAGAGAAUAUACAAAAUAAAGAGAUGAAAAAAUAUGCUGAGGACAGGGAGCAUUUUUUUAAGCAACAGAAUGAAAUGGAAAUACUGACAGCCCAGCUGACAGAGAAAGAUAGUGACCUUCAAAAGUGGCGAGAAGAACGAGAUCAACUGGUUGCAGCUUUAGAAAUACAGCUAAAAGCACUGAUACUCAGUAAUGUACAGAAAGAUAAUGAAAUUGAACAACUAAAAAGGAUCAUAUCAGAGACCUCUAAAAUAGAAACACAAAUCAUGGAUAUCAAGCCCAAACGUAUUAGUUCAGCAGAUCCUGACAAACUUCAAACUGAACCUCAAUUGACAAGUUUUGAAAUUUCCAGAAAUAAAGUAGAGGAUGGAUCUGUAGUCCUUGACUCUUGUGAAGUGUCAACAGAAAAUGAUCAAAGCACUCGAUUUCCAAAACCUGAGUUAGAGAUUCAAUUUACACCUUUACAGCCAAACAAAAUGGCAGUGAAACACCCUGGUUGUACCACACCAGUGACAGUUAAGAUUCCCAAGGCUCGGAAGAGGAAGAGUAAUGAAAUGGAGGAGCAGAGCGCCUCUCCUCCUCCAAAGGAAUGCAGUUCCUCACCAGCAAUGGAACAAAGCUGGACGGAGAAUGACUUUGACGAAUUGAGAGAAGAAGGCUUCAGACGAUCAAACUACUCUAAGCUACAGGAGGAAAUUCAAACCAAAGGCAAAGAAGCUGAAAACUUUGAAAAAAAUUUAGACAAAUGUAUAACUAGAAAAACCAAUACAGAGAAGUGCUUAAAGGAGCUGAUGGAGCUGAAAGCCAAGGCUCGAGAACUACGUGAAGAAUGCAGAAGCCUCAGGAGCCGAUGCAGUCAACUGGGAGAAAGGGACUUGGUGAAAUGUGAAAAUAAGAAGAAUGCUACACCCAGAACUAAUUUGAAAUUUCCUAUUUCAGAUGAUAGAAAUUCUUCUGUCAAAAAGGAACAAAAGGUUGCCAUACGUCCAUCAUCUAAGAAAACAUAUUCUUUACGGAGUCAGGCAUCCAUAAUUGGUGUAAACCUGGCCACUAAGAAAAAAGAAGGAACACUACAGAAAUUUGGAGACUUCUUACAACAUUCUCCCUCAAUUCUUCAAUCAAAAGCAAAGAAGAUAAUUGAAACAAUGAGCUCUUCAAAGCUCUCAAAUGUAGAAGCAAGUAAAGAAAAUGUGUCUCAACCAAAACGAGCCAAACGGAAAUUAUACACAAGUGAAAUUUCAUCUCCUAUUGAUAUAUCAGGCCAAGUGAUUUUAAUGGACCAGAAAAUGAAGGAGAGUGAUCACCAGAUUAUCAAACGACGACUUCGAACAAAAACAGCCAAAUAAAUCACUUAUGGAAAUGUUUAAUAUAAAUUUUAUAGUCAUAGUCAUUGGAACUUACAUCCUGUAUUGUAAAUAUAAAUGUAUAUAUUAUGUAUUAAAUCACUCUGCAUAUAGAUUGCUGUUUUAUACAUAGUAUAAUUUUAAUUCAAUAAAUGAGUCAAAAUUUAUAUAUUUUUAUAAGGCUUUUUUAUAAUAGCUUCUUUCAAACUGUAUUUCCCUAUUAUCUUAGACAUUGGAUCAGUGAAGAUCCUAGGAAAGAGGCUGUUAUUCUCAUUUAUUUUGCUAUACAGGAUGUAAUAGGUCAGGUAUUUGGUUUACUUAUAUUUAACAAUAUCUUAUGAAUUAUUUUUUACUUUAUCUGUUAUACAACUGAUUUUACAUAUCUGUUUGGAUUAUAGCUAGGAUUUGGAGAAUAAGUGUGUACAGAUCACAAAACAUGUAUAUACAUUAUUUAGAAAAGAUCUCAAGUCUUUAAUUAGAAUGUCUCACUAAUUUUGUAAACAUUUUGUGGGUACAUAGUACAUGUAUAUAUUUACGGGGUACGUGAGAUGUUUUGACACAGGCAUGCAAUGUGAAAUACGUGUAUCAUGGAGAAUGAGGUAUCCAUCCCCUCAAGCAUUUUUCCUUUGAAUUACAAAUAAUCCAAUUACAUUCUUUAGAUCAUUUAAAAAUAUACAAGUAAGUUAUUAUUGAUUAUAGUCACCCUAUUGUGCUAUCAAAUAGUAAAUCAUUCUUUUUAUCUUAUUUGUUUUUGUACCCAUUAACCAUCCCCACCUCACCCUGCAACCGUCAGUACCCUUACCAGCCACUGGUAACCAUUCUUCUACUCUGUAUGCCCAUGAGGUCAAUUGAUUUUAUUUUUAGAUCCCAUAAAUAAAUGAGAACAUGCA